UUGGCUUACCUCAGGGAGCAGAGCAGCCAGAAGAGAGGGCUGGCGGAUGGAACGAGCGAGGUCAACCACAACUCUGAAAACACGCCGAGCACUAACGGCAAGCGUUCCUCGGACGGUUCCCUGAGUCAGGACGAGGAGUCGGGACUCGGGUUCGGGAAGGUCGGUGAGCUGCAGGAUGUGGUGGAGCGUCAGACGGCCGAUCUCGGCCAGAUGAAGGAGCGCAUGGCUGCCAUGGUCUCACGCAUCAACGAGCUGGAGGAGGACCUGGACACGGCCAGGAAGGACCUCAUCAAGUCUGAAGACGUGAACACGCGGUUACAGAGAGACCUGAGAGAGUCGAUGGCUCAGAAGGAGGACAUGGAGGAGAGGAUCACCACCCUGGAGAAGCGUUACCUGGCAGCUCAGCGGGAGGCUACCUCCGUCCACGACCUCAACGACAAGCUGGAGAACGAAGUGGCCAACAAGGAUUCUCUCUUCAGACAAACCGAGGACAGAAACCGGCAGCUCCAAGAGAAACUGGAGCUGGCUGAGCAGAAGCUGCAGCAGACCAUCCGCAAGGCCGAGACUCUGCCUGAGGUGGAGGCCGAGCUAGCCCAGAGGGUAGCUGCUCUCACCAAGGCGGAGGAACGUCAUGGCAACGUGGAGGAGAGGCUGAGGCAGCUGGAGGCCCAGCUGGAGGAGAAGAACCAGGAGCUGCUCAGGGCGCGGCAGAGAGAGAAGAUGAACGAGGAGCACAACAAGCGUCUGUCGGAGACGGUGGACAAACUCCUUUCAGAGUCGAACGAGAGGCUUCAGCUUCACCUCAAAGAGAGGAUGUCCGCUCUGGAGGAUAAGAACUCUCUGAUCAGAGAAUUGGAUCACACCAAGAAGCUGAUUGAGGAGUCUCACCAUGAGAAGGAGCAGCUCCUGAUCCAGAUCGAGACCAUGAGGGCCGAGAGCGAGCAGGGGAGGAGCCGGAGUAACUCCUUACUACACGGACGCUCUCAGCUGGGCAGCACUCCAGAUUUCAGGUAUCCGGUGUCGGCCUCCUCCAUGAUGGACAGUAACUCGGACCACUACGGCAGCGCUCUGGUGCUGAGGCGGCCUCAGAAGGGACGCAUGGCAGCGCUCCGGGACGAGCCAUCCAAGGUGCAGACUUUGAACGAGCAGGAGUGGGAGCGCAUGCAGCAGGCCAACGUGCUGGCCAACGUGGCCCAGGCCUUUGAGAGUGACAUGGACGCCUCGGACCUGGAGGAGGAUCGAGAGACCAUCUUCAGCUCGGUGGACCUGCUGUCCCCCGGUGGCCAGGCGGACGCACAGACCCUCGCCUUAAUGCUGCAGGAGCAGCUGGACGCCAUCAACAAUGAAAUAAGGAUGAUCCAAGAGGAGAAGGAGAGCACCGCCAUCCGUGCGGAGGAGAUUGAGUGCAGGGUGGGCAGCGGGGAAAGCUUAGGAGGGCGUUUCCGAUCGAUGAGCUCCAUCCCUCCGUCACUGUGUGCCGGAUCCUCGUUGGGCGGCUCCCCCCCGGGCUCUGGUCACUCCACCCCCAGGCGCGUCCCCCGCAGCCCCAACAGAGAAAUGGACCGCAUGGGGGUCAUGACCUUGGUAACAAUUCCUGACUUUCGUUUGUUUUUUUGGAUCCUUAAACUGAUCAGCUUGUUGUAGGAAAAUAACUUUUUC